AUGAACGACUGCGCCGUAAACGCGAACGUUCACCGCGAACAGGUGAAAGCGUGCGGCGAGGACGCAGAGGAGGGAGGUACAGCAGACGCGGAGGGGCAGGCGCCAGUCGCGUCCUCGCCCGCUGUCACGGCGACUCUUUCCGGCAUCCCCGCAUCCGCCUGCAGGGAUGCCGCCGACACCGCCGCCGCCUGCGAACGCGGCAAGAGUCGCGGUAAGCCGGGCAAAAAUGAAAACGCGCCCGGCAAAGGCGACCGCGUAUCGCAGCCCCACGGCGCUGCCGCCCCUCUUGCGGGGAAACACCUGAGACGGAUCGAGAACGAGAUGACACUCGGGCUCAGAGGAACCGGGAAGACGCCACGGGGGAAGACGGAGGCUCACGGGAGCGUCGCGCCCCACCACCGACCCAAAGACGAGAGAGAAACGCGCGGUGAGGAGAGCGCUAAGUUCGGAAAGAAAACCCCCGUCUCCGUCGACACGUCCAAAGCCAGAGCCUCGGCCGUGGCGAUCAAGACGAGCGUCAAGCAGCUGAAAUGGAAAGAGUUUCCUGUGGGACGACGGGCAGCCUGUGAUAUUUACUGGCAUGGGAUGUCCUUCCAUGACAGUGAAAGCGUUGUCUCUGGGCAGGUCAACAAAUUCCCAGGUAUGGUUGAGAUGUUAAAAAAGAUCAACCUGAGCAGGGCAGUGCGUACCAUGCAAGAGCUGUUCCCAGAGGAGUACAACUUUUAUCCCCGGGCCUGGAUCCUCCCUGACGAGUAUCAGCAAUUUUCUGAGCAGUUUCAGUUGGUGAAGGACAAUGAUGUUAUGUUGAAGCCCACUUUUAUUGUCAAGCCUGAUGGGGGAUCCCAGGGGGAAGGCAUUUACCUCAUCCGUGACCCUAGUGAUAUAAAGCUCACGAUGGGUUCGCAGCUCAAGCAGGCCAUAGUACAGGAGUAUAUUGAGAAGCCGUUACUCAUUGACAAGCUCAAAUUCGAUAUCCGCCUCUAUGUCCUUAUCAAGUCACUGGAGCCAUUGGAGAUCUACAUCGGCAAGGAAGGACUGACACGCUUUUGCACUGAACCUUAUGAGGAGCCGAGCCGGAAGAACAUAAGCCACAUCUUCAUGCACUUGACCAACUAUGCCCUCAAUGUCCAGAGCUGCCACUUUGUUCACUCCGACAGCCUGAACGCAGGCAGCAAACGCACUUUCUCCAGUGUGCUCUACCAGCUGGGCUCUAAAGGCGCAGACAUCAAGAGGGUGUGGUCGGACAUCAUUUCUCUUGUUAUCAAGACUGUCAUUGCCAUGGUGCCUGAGCUCAAGGUGUAUUACCAAGGUGAUAUACCUCCUGGCAAGCCGGGACCUACCUGCUUCCAGAUCUUGGGCUUCGACAUUCUUCUCAUGAAGAACCUUAAGCCAGUAUUAAUAGAGGUCAAUGCCAACCCCAGUAUGAGGAUAGAGUAUGAACAGGAGGUGGCACCCGGUGUUUUUGUAAAUGUGUCCAGUCCAGUGGAUAAAGAGGUCAAAGUGGGCGUUAUCAGGGAUACUCUGCGCCUCAUGGACCCAAGCCCCAAGAGACAAUCGAUCUCUGAGCAAGUGGCAGGGGCUAAGCGAGCAGGGGCAAUGAAGGAGAGUCAAGAGGACGAAGAAACCCUGCCCUCUUCCUGCAUGAAGCAGGUGUACCCUAAGUAUACCAAGCAGUUCGACUACCUGCGGCUGUUGGAGCGCAUCACAGCCCUUUUCAUACGCUUUCUUGGGGUCAGGGGUAGCAUGCGUCUGGGCCCCACUGCCUUCCGUACGUUUAUCAGGAAAUGUAAACUGAGCAACAGCUCUUUUUCCAUGGCAUCAGUGGACAUCCUCUACAUAGAUAUCACACGUCGUCAGGCAGGGUUCGUACCUGACUCAAGAGAAACAGGAAUGGGACUGCAAGCAUUUAUUGAAGCCUUCUUCCAGCUGGCAGGUCGCAGGUACAAAUCCCUGGCACUGAGGGAACAAGUAGUGUCACUUCUGGAGCAGUGUGAGGCCCAGCUCAAGUCCCAGUUAGCUGUGGGGGGUCCAGCGUUUCAGGAGAGGCGCUCUCUGAGCUGCAGCAGGGCACUGACACGAGGCACUAGGAAUCAGGCGUCAGGCAUUUCCAACUUCCAGCUCCAUUCUCCAGCCCCCAUACGCAGGGCUGCGAGCCAGGACUAUCAGCUGGAUCAGAAUCUCAAGCCCACUCGAGGCCGAUGUGGAGCCCUCUCUGUGUGA